UGCUAGGACAAUAAUUAAUUUUUGUGUGAAAUAGAGAAAUAAAGCACACAUGACAAAGGAAACUACUCUUUGAAUAAUGACAAUUUCUGACAAAUUGUUAAUCUCUGAAGUCCGAUGAAUGUCUACUAGUCUUCCUACUCACAAAGUUGGAGUCUCAUGAAACUCCAAAACUCAUAAUCAUAGAUCAAAAACUUCAUCUACGUUAAAACUUGAUAAAUAAGCUUUAAUAAUUCCAUCUUCGAUUUCUUAAUUACGAGUGUAAAAAUGUCGAGAUAUUCAUGUGAUUACAGAUGGCUUCUCUUUGUUGCUGCUGCCGUAUUUAUCUACAUCCAGAUGCGGCUUUUUGCUACACAAUCGAAGUAUGCUGAUCGCCUGGCAACUGCGGCUUGCAGCGUGUAUGACACCGUGCACCACAUUAUAACUCUUUAGUUACAGUAUGCUGGUGUUAAAACAUUGUUCUGUUCUGUGGAGGCUGAGAAUUAUUGCACAAGACAGACACGGUUGUAUAUUGAUCAAAUUAGCAUGCAGCAAGGGCAGAUUGUGGCGUUAGAAGAGGAGAAAAAGCGGCGAGAUGAAGAAACUGCCCAGCUGAAAGCUCUUCUCCAAGAUCUUGAGAGAAAAGGUCUUCAAAGAUUCACUGAGAAACAAGAGGUGCCUGUGGCAGCCGUUGUGGUGAUGGCCUGCAAUCGUGCUGAUUAUCUGGAAAGAACUGUGAAAUCUAUAAUGAAAUAUCACGGUUCUGUAGCGUCAAGGUAUCCACUUUUUAUAUCCCAGGACGGACCAGACUCAAAUGUAAAAAGCAAGGCAUUGAGUUAUGAUCAAAUAACUUACAUGCAGCACUUGGAUUAUGAAGCUAUUCAUACAGAGAGGCCUGGGGAAUUGAUUGCAUACUAUAAAAUUGCACGUCACUAUAAGUGGGCGCUGGAUAAGCUGUUCUACAAGCACAAUUUCAGCAAAGUGGUCAUUCUUGAAGAUGACAUGGAGAUCGCCCCUGAUUUUUUCGAGUAUUUUGAGGCUGCAGCAGGUUUACUUGACAGAGACAGGUCAAUCAUGGCUGUUUCCUCCUGGAAUGAUAAUGGACAGAAGCAGUUUGUGCAUGACCCUUAUGUGCUUUAUCGGUCUGAUUUCUUUCCUGGGCUUGGAUGGAUGCUGUCAAAGGAUACAUGGGAUGAGCUAUCACCAAAAUGGCCCAAGGCUUACUGGGAUGAUUGGUUGAGACUGAAAGAGAACCACAAGGGUAGACAGUUUAUAAGACCAGAAGUCUGCAGAACAUACAAUUUCGGUGAGCAUGGUUCCAGUCUAGGGCAGUUUUUUGGGCAGUAUCUUGAGCCAAUUAAGCUCAAUGAUGUGGAUGUGAAGUGGAAGUUUAUGGAUUUAAGCUAUCUGAAGGAGGACAACUAUUUAAAGUACUUUUCUGGCCUUGUGAAAAGGGCUACACCAAUAAAUGGAGCUGAUGCUGUAGUGAAGGCCAAUGAUGUAGGUGGUGAUGUACGCAUCCAGUAUGCGGAUCAGGCUGAGUUUGAAAGCAUUGCAAAGCAGUUUGGUAUAUUUGAAGAAUGGAAGGAUGGCAUCCCAAGGACAGCAUACAAAGGAGUAGUAGUUUUCAGAUAUCAUAACUCAAAGCGUGUCUUCUUUGUUGGCCCAGAUUCCCUAAGGCAACUUGGGAUAAUGUAGACAGGAUUGUAUUUUUUUCAACUGCGAUGGCAUAGGCAAAGUCUUCUGCGUGCUAAUCAGACGAAAGCGUUUUAGCAAAUUUCACUUGCACAACGUGAUUUGACGGGUCUAUGAUGCUGCUCCAUGCUACCGAAGCAUUAUCCAGACUGAUAUUAUGGCUGAACAGACAAACAAAAUUCAACUCGAGUAAAUCGUAAGAUAUUUUGUAGGUUUGAUCAGGUAGUUGUAUAUCAGGAUGAACCCAGAGUUAGUAGUGUAGAUCUUAAUGCAUAGAGCCUUGAUUUGUUAUUCUCUUUCGCUAUAAUCUGGACUUCCAUGCUUUUAUUUAUAAUCAUCAGAAGAGAUUGUACGAUGAAUUUCGGAUUAUAAUCAGUCCUAAUAUUAUGUAAACUUUUUUCUCA